UCGUUUUCAAAGUGCCAGGUCCCCGAGUCGAAACCUUCUCUCCCUCCUUCACUCACAAACGGAUUUUGGAAAGAAAAAAAACCCAUCAAACUUCAAAGUUUUCCACUCAUUUCUCAAUGCUUUUAGGAGCUUAAACCGAUGCAAAUUCAUUCAUCUCUCUCUUCCCCCUGACACACCCAGAAGCUUUUUACUGCUCUCUCUUUCUCUUCCAAAUUCCUCAAAGAGAUGGCAAGAAACGAAUGGAUUAAUGGGUACUUGGAGGCGAUUUUGGACGUGGGAAGUAACACAAGGAAAAGGCUUGAUGGGAAACAGAGUAUUAUUCCAAAGUCUGAAGAGAAAGAAAAGGAGGAAAAGUUAUUCAGUCCGACAAAGUACUUCGUGCAUGAAGUUGUUAAUAGCUUUGAUGAGUCCGAGCUCCACAGGACUUGGAUCAAGGUUAUAGCAACAAGGAAUACCCGUGAACGCAGUAACAGGCUCGAGAAUAUGUGCUGGCGCAUUUGGCAUCUCGCUCGCAGAAAGAAGCAGAUAGCAUGGGAUGAUGCAAAGAAACUAGCUAAACGGCGUAUAGAACGUGAACAAGGCCGUAAUGAUGCCGCCGAUGACCUUUCCGAGCUCUCAGAAGGUGAGAAGGAGAAAGGCGAUGCCAACCUCUCAGAACCCGUAAAGGAGAUCUCCAGGAUCAACUCAGAAAUGCAUAUUUGGUCAGAUGAUGAUAAGUCUAGGCGACUUUAUAUUGUCCUGAUCAGUAUUCAUGGGUUGGUGCGAGGAGAAAAUAUGGAACUUGGAAGAGAUUCUGAUACCGGUGGUCAGGUGAAAUAUGUUGUCGAACUUGCUCGAGCUCUGGCCAACACAAAAGGUGUCCAUCGUGUUGAUCUCCUAACCAGACAAAUCGCCUCACCAGAAGUAGACUGGAGCUAUGGUGAGCCCAUUGAGAUGCUGUCAUGCCCAUCGGAUGCAAGUGGUAGCUGUGGAGCCUACAUUAUCCGCCUGCCUUGUGGGCCACGCGAUAAGUACAUACCAAAAGAGUCACUUUGGCCUCAUAUACCUGAAUUUGUUGAUGGGGCUCUAAACCAUAUAGUCAACAUGGCAAGAGCUCUGGGUGAACAAGCCAAUGAGGGGCAGCCAACUUGGCCUUAUGUGAUUCACGGCCACUACGCUGAUGCCGGAGAGGUGGCGGCACAUUUGUCCGGGGCCUUGAACGUGCCGAUGGUGCUAACAGGCCACUCAUUGGGCCGGAACAAGUUUGAGCAACUGCUUAAGCAAGGGAGGCUUUCUAGGGAGGACAUAAAUGCAACCUACAAAAUAAUGAGGAGGAUCGAAGCCGAAGAACUUAGUCUGGAUGCGGCUGAAAUGGUGGUGACUAGCACAAGGCAAGAGAUUGAAGAGCAGUGGGGUUUGUACGACGGAUUCGAUCUGAAGCUGGAGAGGAAGCUUAGGGUUAGGAGACGGCGUGGAGUUAGUUGUUACGGGCGACACAUGCCAAGGAUGGUGGUUAUACCACCGGGCAUGGACUUCAGCUAUGUCACAGCACAAGAUACUGUGGAAGGUGAUGGCGAUCUCAAGUCAUUGAUUGGCUCAGAGAAGUUUCAAAACAAAAGGCAACUGCCUCCGAUAUGGUCUGAGAUAAUGCGAUUUUUCACGAACCCUCACAAGCCCAUGAUACUUGCACUGUCCCGUCCUGACCCCAAGAAAAACGUCACCACAUUGCUGAAGGCUUUUGGGGAAUGCCAACAUCUCCGGGAGCUAGCUAACUUGAUACUAAUACUUGGCAACAGAGAUGACAUUGAAGAAAUGCCUAAUAGCAGCUCGGUUGUUCUCACAACAGUGCUCAAGCUCAUUGACAAGUACGAUUUGUAUGGACAGGUGGCCUAUCCCAAACAUCACAAGCAAUCAGAAGUUCCUGACAUUUACCGUCUGGCUGCAAAAACAAAGGGAGUUUUCAUCAACCCAGCUCUCGUGGAACCUUUCGGUCUCACACUCAUUGAGGCAACUGCUUAUGGUUUACCUUUCGUUGCCACCAAAAACGGAGGGCCUGUCGAUAUUCUGAAGGCACUAAACAAUGGACUCCUUGUUGACCCACAUGACCAGAAAGCCGUAGCAGAUGCACUGCUAAAGCUUGUUGCAGACAAAAAUCUUUGGCAUGAAUGCCGAAAGAAUGGCCUAAAGAAUAUCCACCGUUUUUCAUGGCCAGAACACUGUCGAAACUACCUCUCCCACGUUGAGCACUGUCGGAAUCGCCACCCCACCACUCGUCUCCAGAUCAUGCCAAUUCCCGAAGAACCGAUGAGUGACUCUCUAAAGGAUGUGGAAGAUGUUUCUUUGAGAUUCUCCAUAGAUGGAGACUUAAAGAUCAAUGGAGAGCCAGAUGCAGCAACCAGACAAAAGCAACUCAUCGAAGCCAUAACCAGAAUGGCUUCCUCCAAUGGUAAACCUGGUGUCAGUUACUGCCCUGGUAGAAGGCAGUGGCUGUUUGUAAUAGCCGUUGAUUGUUAUAACAGCACCGGAGAUUGCACUGAAACCUUUCAGGCAAUUAUCAGGAAUGUCAUGCAAGCUGCACGCUCAGGUCUAGGCUUGGGUCGGAUAGGCUUUGUAUUGUUAACCGGUUUGACUUUACAAGAGACCAUAGAGGCAUUGAAAGGCUGCCAAGUGAACAUAGAAGAUUUUGAUGCAUUGGUGUGUAAAAGCGGAAGUGAGAUGUAUUACCCGUGGAGAGACAUGGUGGCUGAUGUGGACUAUGAAACCCACGUGGAGUAUAGAUGGCCUGGUGAGAAUGUGAAGUCGAUGGUGACAAGGCUUGCCAGGAUAGAAGGUGAGGCUGAGGAUGACAUCGUGGAGUAUGUGGAUGCAUGCAGCUCUAGGUGCUACUCUUAUAGUGUGAGACCAGGAGCCAAGACUCGAAGGACAGAUGACCUCCGCCAGAGGCUGCGAAUGAGAGGCUUCCGAUGCAAUCUUGUCUACAUACGCACAGCAUCGAGGUUAAAUGUGGUGCCAUUGUUUGCAUCAAGAAUACAAGCACUAAGGUACCUUUCAGUUAGAUGGGGAAUUGAUCUUUCCAAAGUGGUUCUGUUUGUGGGCGAAAGAGGGGAUACAGAUUACGAGCACCUUCUUGCUGGCCUCCACAAGACCCUUAUUCUAAAAGGCUCCGUGGAAUAUGGAAGUGAGAAGCUUCUUUGCAGUGAACACAGUUUUAAAAGAGAAGAUAUAGUUCCACAAGAUAGCCCUCACAUCAGCUUUGUAGAGGAGUGUUGUGGAGUCCAUGAUAUCUCGGCAGCUCUAGAAGCUCUAGGGAUCAAGUGAAUAAAUUUUCCCUUUGUUUAUCUUGUUUUCACUAUUAUCAUUACUACUAUUAUUUUUUAGGGUCUUUUAUAUAGAUAACUCAAAGGUGAGAAUGUGAAUACAUAUACAAGGGGAAUAUAUAUCUAAAUAUUGUGUAAAAAAGUUUCAACUUCUGUAAGAAUAUACAUGUAAGCUUUUCAAAAAAUUCAUCUUGUGCAUAUGACAUGAUCUUUAAUUCGAUUCAUA